GGUUUGGGGUUUGGGCGGGUGGUUGGGGGGUGCGGAGCAGCAGAGCCGCAGGGCAUUCCUGAGGAGCGGGACUUGGAGAAGAUUCGCAAACUUGCUGCUGAAGUUCCUUUGCCGGAAUUCAAAGAAAAGAAAAUCCAAAUUGUGGAAGACGACGACGAGGAGCAAAGCAGCAGCAGCAGCAGCAGCAGCAGCAGCAGCAGCAGCAGCAGCAGCAGCAGCAGCAGCAGCAGCAGCAGCAGCCGCAGCUCCUCGCUGAAGCCAGCAGUAGACAGUGCUGAAGAUGACGAAGCCGAAAAGAUCCAAGAGCUCAAAAAGAAACUUCUCGACUUAGCUGCGCUGCCGGGUGCGCCGCUGCAGUUCGUGGCGGAGGCCUUCGAGAAGGACAAGCCGGGGAAUCUGCACGUGGAGUUCGUGCAUGCUGCUGCUGUGCUGCGGGGCAGCAACUACAGCAUCAGCAGCUGCAGCAGCUGCAGCAGAGAGAAGGCGCAGCAAAUAGCUGGGAGAAUAGUCCCAGCUUUAGCCACAACAACAGCAGCAGUUACUGGACUUGCUGCUCUCGAGCUGCUGAAGCUUGCUGCUGCUGCAGCGCGCUGCUGCAGCAGCUACAAGAACGCCUUCCUCAACCUCGCGCUGCCCCUGCUGCUCUUCUCAGAGCCCAUGCCCCCCAUUCGCCACGUCGACAAAGUCGGGUUUAGGGUUUAG